GGAUCUGCUCUGUUGGUUAGAGUCUCUCUGACAUGGGCUCUCGCACCGAAUGUCUGUCUCGACCUGGACCCGUUCCCUCGGGUCGCUCCCCUCGUUGCUUCCGGCAUCUGCCUGGCCUGCCACGCUAGCCAGCCCAAAUCGGGCGCGGCCGUAUUUCAAACACUCCCAACGGGCCCUCCUCCGCGCAGCUCUUCCUGCGCCUGCCGGCAGGAUAACAGCAUCGGGGGGUCAUACGGGAUGUCAUAUAACCGAGAACGUCCGAUGGAUUGUGAAGGUGGGACAAUGCGCUCGGAAACUGUGCAGGAACGGCCGCGAGGCUGCUACGCCGCUGGAGGCCGGGUUGGUCCCUGUUUUUGCCUACCGUGCUCUUGCCUGGAGGCAGAGAGUACGAAAAUAACGCAUCUCGGUUUGACAUUCCGCCAGCCGUGCGUUAGCGAAGGUGAGCAGACGUUCGGAUUCGCGCAGGAAUAGCAGACGGCCGCGCGAGGCGUGCGCUCGUCACUUUUCGGAAAUGUGUGCGCCUGUGUCGCCGUGGGCGGCGAGAGUCGGUUACAUGACGACGGACUGCUAUUCGCUGCGGCGGGCGUGUGGAUCUGUUCGGCACAAUCGUAACUAUCUGGCUGGGAAGAUGCAGGUGACGAGAGGCAUUGAUGUGGGCCGGGACGCACGGACACUGGGACGAUGACGGCCUUUAUCUAUCGGGCUAGCGGCUGCAUCAGACUUCAGCUCGACGCUCACCUCUCUUUCUGCUUCCGCCACCACCCGUUCCUAGCCACUCCCGCUUAACCGCCUUCUGCCCUCUUUAUAUUCCGCGCGUCUUGACGAUCUGCGGUUUGCUCUAUCUGUCCCCCCUCCUUCCUCCCGCCCUCGCCCUCGCCUUCGGUGCUGCUGCUCUCAGAUUCCCUCUGAUAUCACCCUCUGAGCUCGCCUCCCAUCACUAUCUCACCACGUACCACCUCGCAACCCACUUUUCACCAUGCCCCAGGACUACAUCCUCGCCCGUCUGCUCUCCAACAACGCCCAGUGGGCAGAAGACGUCGACCGCGCAGAACCUGGCUUUUUCGCCCAGACCGCCAAGGGCCAGUCUCCCAAGGUGCUCUACAUUGGGUGCGCGGACUCGCGCGUGCCGGAGUCCGUGGUCACCGCGUCGAAGCCGGGCGACAUCUUCGUCCACCGGAACAUCGCGAACCAAUUCCACCUCAAUGACGACAGCGCGCUGUCCGUGCUCACGUACGCGGUCGCGCACGUCGGCGUCCAGCACGUCAUCCUCGUCGGGCACACCAACUGCGGAGGCGCAGCCGCCUGCCACGCCGCGGCCCACUCUGGCGCACCGCCCUCGGACGAGCCCCCCGCGGACCCGCUCACGCGCUGGCUUGCGCCUCUGACGGAGAUCGCGCGUGAGCACGAAGACCUGACGGAGCUCGUGGAGGCGAACGUGCGGGCGCAGGUCGCGAACAUCGCGCAGGCGGGGCCGAUGGCGGCCGCGUGGGCGGCGGGCAAGGACGUGCAGGUGCACGGGUGGGUGUACGAGCUCGAGACGGGGCGCAUGCGCGAUCUGGGUGUCUCUGUCGGCAAGGCGGGGCCGGUCUGAGCUGCGCGACGCUCAGGUGAAGCUGAAGUUGGGACGUUUUUGGUUUAAACGUGUAUAUUUACGCGUGCGCCUGAGCACUGCUUGUACAUGAUGACAUGACAUGAUGAUUUAUCCCGGGAGAGUAUCUCCCCG